AUGGCCGUGGCGGGCGGGGGGGCCGCCGCGGGCGGCGGGGAGAAGGGGCACACGAUCGGUCGGCGGAUCCUCGAGCAGAUUGAGGUCAGCGACGAGAGCGAUGAGGAGUUUGCCUACGAGGAGCUUCCAGAGGACCCGGAACUGCUGGACGACGACGACGAGACGCUCGACGACAUCAACAGGCUCCUCGCGGAGACGAAGCCGGCCCAGGAGGCCGAGUCCGGCGCGGGCGACGGGAGCUUCGCCAAGGUCCAGCAGCGGCCCCAGGUGGUCGACGACUUCAUCCGCAACUUCCUGAUCAAGCACAGCAUGCAGCGCUCCCUGGAGGUGUUUCAGACGGAGUGGUACGAGUUGCAGCAGAACGGGAGGCUGCGGGACGGUGCGAUGACCAGCGUGCCCGACUGCUUCAUGGAGAACCGAGGCCUCCUCGAAGAGGUGACCAUGCUGCGCCAGGAGGUGGAGAAGGCGCGGGCGGUGGCCGCGACCGCCAAGGACUCGUGGGACAAGUUCCGCAAGGAGCGCGACUUCCACAGGAUGCACCACCGUCGCGUGGUGCAGGAGAAGAACAAGCUCAUCGUUGACCUGAAGAGGUUGAAAAAGCAUUAUGAGCAGUACGAGCCCACGCUCACGGAGCUUCGGCACAAGUACGAGGUGGCAAUGAAGGAGAAGAUGUUGAUGAGACUUGAGCGCGAUCGAUUCGUGAGCAAGGCAGAGACGCUGCAGAAGCAGCUCAACCAGGAGGCUGCCGACCAGGACGACGAAAAGGCCUCGCGGGGCCCCGAGGGCGAGGCCACCAAGAGGGAGAAGAAGGCGGCAUGGCCGCCCGAGGACCGCAGCAACCCGUACGCUAACGCGAAUUUCGAUCCCAUUUCGGUGUCGGAGAUGAAGAAGGUGCAGACCUUCAAGGGCCAUUUGGGCCCAAUCUCGCGGAUAGCCUUCCACCCGAAGAUCCCCGUCGUUGCCACAGCCAGCGACGACCACACGUGGAAGAUGUGGUCGAUGCCCGACGGCCAGCUGGUCCUCAGUGGCGAGGGCCACACCGACUGGGUCAGCGGCAUCGCUUUCCAUCCGCGCGGUUCUGUUGUGGCGACGACGUCAGGCGACGCCAAGGUCAAGAUCUGGGACGUCUCCAAGGAGAAGUGCAAACACACGAUGACAGACCACUCCUCAGCGGUGUGGGCUUGCGCGUUCCACGACCUUGGGGACUUCUUGGUGACGUCUUCCAUGGACCAGACCACCAAAGCCUUUGACAUGAACACCAUGAAAUGUAGACAGACCUUUCGCGGCCACGUCGACUCGGUGAACUACGUCACCUUCCAGCCGUUCUCGAACAUCGUGCUUACGGCGUCAGGUGACAAGACAAUCUCCAUGUGGGACCUGCGCACGGGCCUCUGCAUCCAGACGUUCUAUGGCCACGCGAAUGCGUGCAACCAGGCGGCCUUUAACAUGCAGGGCGACACCAUCGCCUCGUGUGAUUCUGACGGUAUCGUCAAGCUCUGGGACGUGCGCAUGGUCUCCGAGUACCUGCAGAUAGACACGGGCCAGCACCCCGCCAACGCGGCCGCGUUUGACCGCAGCGGCCAGGUGCUCGCGAUCGCCUCGGGCGACGCCUCCGUGAAGACGUUCAACAUCGAGGAGCGCGCGUUCGUGGCCAACCUGGAGGGCCACGAGGACUCGGUGCAGGACGUCGCGUUCGAGCCCACGAGUAGCAAGUAUCUCGUGAGCACGAGCUCCGACGCGAGCCUCAUCCUGUGGCAGUGA